AUGAUGUCAAGCCACCACCAAGACGACCUCGAUUUGCUCCUUUCACUUCACGGUGAUAGGGUUCUUGAAACCCCUCCUCCUGCUUCUCCCUCCUCACCUUCAACCUCACCAGGUUACCUCUCCGAUGAUGACUUUCCCAACCAAAGGGAGAAGACUGAUAUGUCCGUAUUCAGAAAUGCUGUUGAAGAUUGCCUUCCUUACGAACCCCCUAAAUCUAAAAAGAAACCUAUUAACACUAAUGAUGCCCUCCUCGAAAAGUUUUCAGGUCUUCGAAUAAGGAACCAAUUGUUAACCUCUGCUGAGCUUAGGGAACGCUUCUCAGACAUUCGUUUUGUUCGGUUAUCAGUUAUCAAGAAUUUGUUGAUUGGGGAUACUUUUUCUGGAAGUUGGGUGACUGUUGGAGUAUUGACCGAGAAGGGGAUUCAGAAAACAAGUUCAACGGGGAAGAGUUAUUGUAUAUGGAAAAUUGGGUGUUUGGAUCAAAAUACUGUUUCUCUUUUCUUGUUUGGUGAUGCUUAUCAGAGGAACUUGCAAGAGCAGGCGGGAACAGUCUUUGCACUCUUUAAUUGUUCUGUCCGCAAGGAUGCAGCGGGUAAUGGUUUUUCUUUGAGUAUAUUUUCCCCUAGUCAAAUUUUGAAGAUGGGCACCUCUGUUGAUUAUGGAGUUUGCAAAGGGAAAAGAACGGAUGGGAUGACUUGUACGCUGGUCAUAAAUAAACGCCAUGGGACGUAUUGUAAAUAUCAUAAAUCAACAGCAUCACAGAAAUAUUCGACAACGCGAACUGAACUCAAGGGAGGAAAUUUAAGGACAGCCGUUAGGCCUAGGGAUUAUCUCAGAUCAGAAGGAAUUUACUUAGUUGACCCUCUUGCUGACAAAACAAACGGGAAAAAGUCUCAGCCAUUGAAAUUGUUGUCUGUGGAUGGUCUCAAAAAGGCAUUGAGCAAUGCAGGAAAAGUAACAACAAAUACACAUUCGCAAGGGAUUAGAUUUCUUUCUGAGGUUGCAGGCAAAUUGGGUUCUAAAAUAAUAAAGAAAGGACCAAAGACUCCAAAUGAACAAAGCAAUUGCACAGAGAAGAGGAAAUCAUCUUUUAUGAACGUGGGAUCCAAUGCAGUCAUGAGAAACCAACCCUUGGAUGUAAAAAGAAUAAAAACAGAUGGGCAAGCGUCGGUCGAUAAAACCACAAAAAGUACAGGAAAGAUGAUUGAAUUAGAUCUUGUUAGUUCGGAUGAUGACUUCUGA